AUGGAGGGGAGGCGGUCACAGGUUUCCGGUGUUGUGAGCCGCGGCCGCUCGCUGAAGAACCUCCGAAUACGAGGGCGGAAUGACAGCGGCGAGGAGAACGUCCCGCUGGAUCUGACCCGAGAACCUUCUGAUAACUUAAGGGAGAUUCUCCAAAAUGUGGCCAGAUUGCAGGGAGUAUCAAAUAUGAGAAAGUUAGGCCAUCUGAAUAACUUUACUAAGCUUCUUUGUGAUAUUGGCCACAGUGAAGAAAAAUUGGGUUUUAACUGCGAAGAUAUCAUAAUCUGUUUGCGGUUAGCUUUAUUAAAUGAAGCAAAAGAAGUGCGAGCAGCAGGGCUACGAGCUCUCCGAUAUCUUAUCCAAGACUCCAGUAUUCUGCAGAAGGUGCUAAAAUGGAAAGUGGACUAUUUAAUAGCCAGGUGCAUUGACAUACAGCAGAGCAACGAGGUAGAGACGACACAAGCACGUCGGUUAGUCAGAAAGAUGAUUACUGUGACUGCUUCCUUGUUUCCCAGUUCUGUAGCAAAUUCAUUAAUAGCAGUUGGAAAUGAUGGACUUCAAGAAAGAGACCGAAUGGUUCGAGCAUGCAUUGCUAUUAUCUGUGAACUAGGUCAGAAUCGUUUUCAAGUAGCACAAAUGUACUAUUUUGGAAAGAGUAUUUAA